UUAGUUCACAUUUCGGCCAAAAUGAAUGUGCGUCGUUAGUGUGCAAUGCGCUGUAGAGUACCUCUAGUAAGAGGUACUCUAAUGCGCUGGGAAUUUUUAGCGUUAUAAUAAAAUGGCCGACAUGGCACCGGCACUUCUUAAACUCAAGAGUUUCAACACUCAAGCUCAAGGCUCAAGUGCUCUCAAGUUGCUCAAGUUUCUUUCUGAUAGAACGCAUUUGGCCUUAGACCGGUAUUUGUAGUAUCAUCUUAAGAUGCCAUCAAUCUAUCAUAGAACUGUAUCAGCAUCUCUAGACAUUACUUAAUGGCCAACACAAUAGAGGAAUAAGAUAUUAAGAAUAAGAAUUAAAAUUCUAGCAUCAGUUUUCUCUAUAAAUAUUAAAUGUGAUGCACAAUGGAUACGAAUAAAACGUAAGACAUAAAUGUGCCGUACAAGAUACAACAUAACUUAUUAUUUAUCUACAUAGUAUUCAUUGAGGAAACUGAUACUAAAAUUUUGAUUCCUAUUCUUAAUAUCUAAUAUUUUUCCUUCUCUAUUGUGCGCAGGCCCUAACUCUUAAACACACUAGAGGGUUAAGGCUGGUUUAUGCAGGCAAUAACCAUUCUUAUGCCGGAACCGGUAAAGUUCAAUGCUAGGAUUUCAAUACUUCUGUUUAUUGAGAUUCGAUAAAUGUGAUACUGUGACUCGAUAAGAGUCAGAAAUCCACAGGCUCAAUAGAAAAAGCCGAAUGAUCUCAGGCUGGCUGAAAUUUAGAAAGCAGUGAAGUAGUCAGUGACGUAGUAACGAGAGUGCUGGCUAUUAGAGCGAAGGAUUCUGAUUCGAAUCCUGGAUUUUUACAGAAAAAUAUUUGUGUAUAGAAAGACAAAGGAUCAAUGAAGUCAAGAAAGGAAAAAGUUAAGAAAACACGACUCAACAUUGAGGAUCGUGUUAAGAUUUUAGAACAACUUGAGAAUGGAGAGAACAGCGCAACGUUGGCACAUAAAUACAAAGUAUCUGCGCCAACAAUUGCAAAUAUAAAGAAAGAUAAAGAAAAAUUAUUAAAAUGUAAAAAUGUAACAUUCCAAGGAAAAAUCAAAAAAGGGUAUACCAGCAUCGGAAACAUUUUCCUUGAUCAGUACUUGUACAAAUGGUUUGUCCAAAAAGAGAGCAAUGGAAAGCAUGUGACAGGAUCUAUGAUCCAGCAGAAAGCAUUGGAAAUCAACAGAACUCUAAAUGGUCCCAAAAGUUUCAAGGCUUCCUCAGGAUUUUUGUGGAAUUUUACAAAGAGGCACAAUAUUAAGUUAUCAUGUCAUAACAAGAGGGAUAUUAAGAAGGAUGGGAAGGAAUACUUGGAGCAAGACUCCAGUAAUGAUUUUGAUCAAGAAUUAAUUGAAGACAAUGCAGAACAAGAACGGCGAGUAUCAAAUGAUGGAGAAGUGAUCAAAUCUGAGCACCAAAUAAAUAACCAACUUAAUGAAAAUAAUGAAAUGGAAAGAGUUAAGAAAACACGACUCAGCAUUGAGGAUCGCAUUAAGAUUUUAGAACGAUUUGAGAAUGGAGAGAAUAUCGUGACGUUGGCAUGUGAAUACAAUGUAUCUGUGCCAACAAUUGCAAAUAUAAAGAAAGAUAAAAAAAAGUUAUUAAAAUGUAAAAAUGCUCUUGUAACAUUCCAUGGAAAAAUCAAAAAAGGAUAUACCGGCUUUGGAAACAUUUUCCUUGAUCAGUACCUGUACAAAUGGUUUGUUCAAAAAAAGAGUAAUGGAAAACAUGUGUCGGGGUCGAUGAUUCAACAGAAAGCAUUGGAAAUCAACAGAACUCUAAAUGGUCCCAAAAGUUUCAAGGCUUCCUCAGGAUUUCUGUGGAAUUUUACAAAGAGGCACAAUAUUAAGUUAUCUUGUCAUAACAAGAGGAAUAUUAAAAAGGAUGGGAAGGAAUACUUGGAUCAAGACUCCAGUAAUGAUUUUGAUCAAGAAUUAAUCGAAGACAAUGCAGAACAAGAACGGCGAGUAUCAAAUGAUGGAGAAGUGAUUAAAUCUGAGCACCAAAUGAACAACCAACAUAAUGAAAAUAAUGAAAUGGAAAAAGUUAAGAAAACACGACUCAGCAUUGAGGAUCGCGUUAAGAUUUUAGAACAAUUUGAGAAUGGAGAGAACAUCGUGACGUUGGCACGUAAAUACAAAGUAUCUACGCCAACAAUUGCAAAUAUAAAGAAAAAUAAAGAAAAAUUAUUAAAAUGUAAAAAUGCUCUUGUAACAUUCCAAGGGAACAACAAAAAAGGAUAUACUGGUAUCGGAAACAUUUACCUCGAUCAAUACUUGUACAAAUGGUUUGUCCAAAAAAAGAGCAAUGGAAAACAUGUGACGUGGUCGAUGAUCCAACAGAAAGCAUUGGAAAUCAACAGAACUCUAAAUGGUCCCAAAACUUUUAAGGCUUCCCUAGGAUUUAUAUGGAACUUUACAAAAAGACACAAUAUUAAGUUAUUUUCUAAGAAGAAGAAAACUAAAAGGGACGGAAAGAAAUACUUGGAUCCAGACUUGAGCAAUAAUUUCAAUCAAAAUUUAAUCGAAGACAAUGCAGAGCAAAAACAGCGAUUAUCAAAUAAUCUAGAAGUGUUCAAAUCUAAGCACCAAAUAAACGACGAAUUUAAUGAAAAUAAUGAAAUAGAAAGUCUUAAGUAUACACGACUCAGCAUUGAGGAUCGCGUUAAGAUUUUAGAACGACUCGAGAAUGAAGAGAACAGCGUAAUAUUGGCACGUGAAUACAAAGUAUCUGGGCAAACAAUUGCAAAUAUAAAGAAAGAUAAGGAAAAAUUAUUGAAAUGUAAAAAUGCUCUUGUAACAUUUCAAGGGAACAACAAAAAAGGAUAUUCUGGCAUCAGAAAUAUUUUCCUCGAUCAGUACUUGUACAAGUGGUUUGUCCAAAAAAAGAGCAAUGGAAAACAUGUGAUGGGAUGGAUGAUCCAGCAGAAAGCAUUGGAAAUCAACAGAAUUCUAAAUGGUCCCGAAAGUUUCAAGGCUUCCCAAAAAUUUUUAUGGAACUUUACAAAGAGGCACAAUAUUAAGUUAUCAUGUUGUAACAAGCGAAGUACUAAGAAGGAUGGAAAGGAAAACUUGAAUCAAGACUCUAGUAAUAAUUUUGUUCAAGAAUUAAUCGAAGAUAAUGCAGAACAAGAACGGCGAGUAUCAAAUGAUGGAGAAGUGAUCAAAUCUGAGCACCAAAUAAACAACGAACUUAGUGAAAAUAAUGAAAUGGAAAGAGUAAAUGUUAAGUAUACACGACUCAACAUCGAGGAUCGCUUUAAGAUUUUGGAACGACUCGAGAAUGGAGAGAACAGCGUGACGUUGGCGUGUGAAUACAAAGUAUCUGAAGCAACAAUUGUAAAUAUAAAGAAAGAUAAAGAAAAAUUAUUAAAAUGUAAAAAUGCUCUUGUAACGUUCCAAGGAAAAAUCAAAAAAGGAUAUACCGGCAUCGGAAACAUUUUCCUUGAUCAGUAUUUGUACAAAUGGUUUGUCCAAAAAAAAAGCAAUAGAAAACAUGUGACGUGGUCGAUGAUCCAGCAGAAAGCAUUGAAAAUCAACAGAACUCUAAAUGGUCCCAAAAGUUUCAAGGCUUCCUUAGGAUUUGUAUGGAACUUUAUAAAGAGGCACAAUAUUAAGUUAUUUCAUAAGAAGAGGAAAUCUAAGAAGAAUGGGAAGAAAUAUUUGGAUCAAGAUUCGAGCAAUAAUUUUGAUCAAAGAUUAAUCGAAGACAAUGCAGAACAAGAAUGGCGAAUAUCAAAUAAUCGAGAAGUGAGCGAAAUUAAGCACCAAAACAAAAAACCUAAUAAGGAACUUAAUGAAAAUGACGAAAAAGUAAAAGAUAUGGAAUAUUUGAAGAGAUUUAUUGACAUCGAAAACAUUUUCUUCGGUCAGUCCCUGUAUGAAUGGUUUGUCCAAGAAAAGAGCAAUGGAAAAUGUGUAACAGGACCAAUGAUUCAGCAGAAAACAUUGGAAAUGAACAGAAUGCUAAAUAAUCACAAAAGUUUCAAGGCUCCCUUAGAAUUUUUACAUAAAUUUACAAAGAGGCACAAUAUUAAGUUAUCAUGUCGUAAAAAGAGGAAUACUAAGAAGGAUGGGAAGGAAUACUUGGAUCAAGACUUCAGUAAUAAUUUUGAUCAAGAAUUAAUUGAAGACAAUGCAGAACAAGAACAGCGAAUAUCAAAUGAUGGAGAAGUAAUCAAAUCUGAGCACCAAAUAAACAACGAACUUAAUAAAAGUAAUGAAAUGGUAAGAGAUAAUGAACAUUUAAAUGACAGCAACCGUACAGAUAAUAUUACAGCAAUAGAAUGGCUAAUAUCAAAUGAUGGAGAAGUGAUUAAAUCUGAGCACCAAAUAAACAACGAACUUAAUGAAAAUAAUGAAAUGGUAAGAGAUAAUGAACAUUUAAAUGACAGCAAUCGUACAUAUGAUAUAGCAAUAGAACGGCGAGUAUCAAAUGAUGGAGAAGUGAUCAAAUCUGAGCAUCAAAUAAACAACGGACUUAAUGAAAAUAAUGAAACGAUAAGAGAUAAUGAACAUUUAAAUGACAGCAAUCGUACAGAUGAUAUUACAGCAGUAAACGCUUUCAACGCAAUCAGCACAUUUUUAUCUUGGUAUAAAACUCAUGGUAAUGGUUCACCUGAGGAUUUGCAGUCUCUAUGGAAAUUUUGGCAAUACUCUUUAGAUCAAGCUUAUAACAAAUAUUAAAAGGAAUGCAUAGAUACGGUAUAGAAAUAUAUGUAAUCUUUUUUAUUGUGCCAUAAUGAUAUUUGUUUUAAUUUCAUGUUGUCGAUUCCUUGAGAAUGAGAAUGUGUGUACACACAUUGAGAGGAAGAGCUUCUAUGCUUACAUGACUUGCUCACCAAAGAAGCUUACUGAAGUUCUGUGCAUAAUAUUAGAUAUUCUUUUAUGCACAGAUAAGCUGUCCUUAUUUGGAACCUUGAUUUUUUUAUUUUUUGUCCUGCACAUCGUGAUAUACGUAUAUUGAUACUUAUAUGUUGACUAUAUGUAUAUAUGAUGUGCAAAAAUAACCAAAUGUAAGUAAUAAUAAAAAAAGACUGUAUUUUAUAAUAAAAAUUGUCAUGUUUGUUGUGUUAUCAGAC